AUGGGGCAGGCCUUGUCCGCGCGCAGCCGGGGAUCCAGUGGCAGUGCUAGGGGUUUGCUGCCGUUCCCGGUGGAUUGGGUGACGGGGUUGCCGCUGAUCGAUUGCCCCAGGUGCGGGGACGUGAGGCUGAUUGCGCUCACCUGCGAGCACACGAAAAAUCGCGGCAAGAGGUUCUUCAAGUGCCCCAGGAACCAUGAAGGGGUGCCAUGGUCAUGCCGAACUUACUUCUUCCAGCCAGAGUAUGAGAAGUACCGGCAGAAGCAUGGGUAUUGGGACGCCGUCCCUGACCUGAACUUGGGAAUGGCAGGGGCUAGAUCAUUUUCAUUGGAAGUUAUUACAGUUCCACUGAAGUUGAAGAACCUAUUUGGCAACUGCGAGACCUGGGAUACAUCAGUUGCUCUUGAAUUAGAUCACAUAGCAGAACUAAGUGCUGGAGUGGAAAUGCCAAGAAUUGGAGCAAGACUACAUGCCAGGAUAUCAUUUCUGUCGGAGGAUUGGUUGAAGGCUUCACUCAAAGAGCACAUUAUGGGUGUUUCUGUUGGCUUGCUCUCCACCAUGAAUCAUAGCCUUGCUUGCAACCUGAUAUGGCGAAAUUUAACAGAUCCAGCACGCAUGUCAUCCAAUUCCAUACAAGAGCAUUUAGGGCAUAGCCUUUUGUCCUCUAUUAAGUAUGCGUACAAGGUUGACCAGAGGGACUCAAGCAUAAGGCCUACACGUGGGAAGUUGAUCUUCGAGUGGCUUUCCCACUUGGAGUCAUCCUUGCGCUGGAAAGGAGAUCCACAAGACUUGGGUGGUAACAGGUACCUUGUUUGUCGCUUGGGUGGACCAUCAUCACUCUCAGGCUUCAAAGCAAAAGGUCUGGAGCCGAAAGAUUUCGGAACCUCUGCCCCAACUAAUUCUGAGAAUGGUGCUUAUGCUUCUCCUGAGCUACAUGGGGGAGGUGACGUAGCAGUCACAGCCUUUGCUGAUCUGUCAUUUGAUCUUCCUCUGAAGCCGCUCAGGGAGCUGGGAAUUCACGGCCAUGCAUUCGUUUCUGCUGGAAAUCUGGCUAAACUAACAGAGCAUGGUUUUGGGAAGUUUUCCCUUACUGACUUCCUACAGACAUUCAGAAGUUCUGCAGGCUUCGGUGUAGUUGUGCCAACCAGACUGUUCCGCAUAGAGGUCCAUCCCGUUGCACUCUUCAAAAUUUCCGGUGAAUUUAGUGGUGAAGUUGGUGCUUAA